UAAUUCCCUCUCCCACCCUCCUAUCCACUGGCCUCGUCGCCCCUUUCCUUUCUGGUCACCACUCCUGUAUAUAUACCCAACCAAGCCGAGAGCUUUGAUUCCACUGCAUCCCAGCGCAAGAACAACAAGAGGUUACUCAUCGAGACAUCGUCGCCGGUUGAGUUGUUUCGUGGUGAGCGAACGAUCUCUUUGUUUGAUUGAUCAAUGGCUGCGGCUGCUCCGUCUCCGGCGCCGGUUCCGUCCUCGUCCCCGAAGGUUGCGUCGCCAAAGGCCGGCGACCGGAAGGUCGUACCCGUGACGGUCGCCGAGGAGGUGGUACUGGAAGAGAAGCACGUCCUGGCGGUCGACGACAGCUCCGUCGACCGGGCCAUCAUCGCCAAGAUCCUCCGCAGCUCCAAAUACAGAGUGACCACGGUGGAAUCGGCGACGAGGGCGCUGGAGCUCCUCGGCCUCGGGCUGCUGCCCGACGUGAACAUGAUAAUAACGGACUAUUGGAUGCCCGGCAUGACCGGAUACGAGCUCCUCAAGCGCGUCAAGGAAUCGUCAAAGCUGAAGGAGAUCCCGGUGGUAAUCAUGUCGUCGGAGAACGUCCCGAACCGGAUCAGCCGGUGCCUGGAGGAGGGAGCAGAGGACUUCCUCCUCAAGCCCGUCCGGCCCUCGGACGUAUCCCGGCUGUGCAACCGGAUCAGAUGAUCGCUCGGUGGCCGCUGCUGCAUCUGGAAGGAUUACCCUUGGGAGGAAACCAUUUUUUGCUCUUUCUUUUCCCCAAUUUUUUGGACAUAGAUCUGCUGCUGCCUCAAACAAGAAGCUAACUCUUGGGGCUUAGGGAGACUAGUUUAGGAAGUUAGGAAUUGGGGGAGCAUUUUCUUGCUCCCUUGUGAUCUUCUGCAAAAGAUGCCAAGAAAAAGAGGAGGAGAAUUCAUUCACUUCAGCAAAAGAAUUCUUCUGAUGUUUUUUCAGAGAACUUCUCUUCUCACCUGUUGAAAGAAAUGACAUCAGAGCAAACCUGUUAACCGUUUCAA